CAGGCGCGACUCGAGCAAACGACACAGCCUUCUCGUUUGUCUCCUAACAAACGCGCAGGCUGUACGCCGGCGACCUGCAAGCGGCGUGCCACAUAUUGUGCAACGACGCACUGACAAGUUGUACCACGCAGGGUCAUUUCAUCGCUUGUAACUCGGAAGAUGAAGGCUCGCAUUGAAGAUAACAUCAUCUACUCUCCCCACCCAAGCAUCGAAAUUCCUGUGUGCUCUUUCUACACCCUCGCAAGACAGAGGCUACUUGCGAAUCCCAACAAUCUUGCCCUGGUUAACGAUGUCGUCAGCCUCACGCGCGCUGAGAUGCUGGCGGGCAUGGAGCGCUACGCCGUGGGUUUCCGGCAGUAUGGCGUGCUUCCAGGAGACAAGAUCUGCGUUCACCUGGAUAAUGGAGUGGAAAAUCUAUUAGCAAUGUAUGGCUGCGUCUUAGCUGGAGCUGCCAUUGUCUUAGCCAAGACAUCGCUCACAGAAAGAGAACUCCGCUAUGAGGCAGAAGACGGCGAUUGUACGCAUGUCAUCACUGAGGAGCACAAUACAACGAAGGUCAACGCUGCAGUUGCAAAUUUGAAUAUGAAGACCCUCUUCUGUAUGGGUCGUGCAGCUGGCUUCGUAUCGGCUUCCCAGUUUUCGAAGCCGGACGAGAACGACUUCCACGAGUGCCCCAUUGCAGACCCUCGGAAGACAUUGCUAGCUCUAUGCUACACGUCGGGAUCCACGGGACUGCCCAAGGGCGCAGAGAUCACGCACUACAACCUCGUGGCCUCCUUCUACUCGAUGAGGUUGAGCAUGCCAUGGGGUGAAGGAGACAUCUUCUUGGGCUCGCUGCCGAUUACACACAUAUCGGGUAUGGUGUACCCCAUGUUAGCUAUUCUGGAAGGAGCUUGUUGCGCUCAAGUAUCAGCCAAGCUGACUCCAACGGAAAUCCUGGACGCAGUUGACAAGUACAAGGCGACAGCGGCGUUCUUCUUCCCGUCCCAGCUCCACGCAAUUGUACGUGAGAUGCGGCGCACACGACGGGAUCUGCCUAGCGUGCGAGCAAUCACCGUUGGCGGCAGUGUGCUUCCGGCUGCAACAGCCGAGGCAGUGCAUGAAUGUUUCAGUGGCCUCAAGUUGUUGCAGAAGGUGUACGGAAUGACGGAAUCGUGUGCCCUUGUCACGAGUCAGUCGAAGACAGGCGAGCUCCAAACCACUGCUGAUGUAGGUGUCCCAUUAAGCAAUUUUCAGAUAAAGGUUGUGGAUGUGCACACGCGGCGACAUCUGGGUCCCCACCAGACCGGCGAGAUCUGCUACAUCUCAUUGACUAUGGUGAGCGGCUAUUACAAGCGACCAAAGGAAACCGCUGAGCUCUUCGACGAAGAGGGCUGGUGUAGGUCAGGUGACGCGGGCUACUACGAUGAGAGCGGCCGCCUAUACAUCGUAGAGCGACUGAAACAGAUGAUCAAGUGCAUGGACUGCCAAGUCGUCCCCGCAGAGUUGGAAGAACUGAUACUCUGCCACUAUGCGGAUGAGAUUGCCGAGGUUUCCGUGGUAGGCCUUCCGCACUCGGACUACGGCGAGGCACCUGCGGCUGCCAUUGUCCUUUCGGAAGUAGGCGGCAGGCAGGACCUGCUGACUCUCGCCGAGAGAAUCAAGGCCACUGUUGCAAGUAACCUUGCUGAGCACAAGCACCUCUACGGGGGUGUUUACUUCGUGGACUCUUUUCCGAAGACGGAGACAGCAAAAGUGAACAGACCGGCCCUGGCCCGCUCUCUACUGAGAGUCUAGCUUUAUUCCCCAGGAAUAAACUCUUCUUUGUCGCAAGUGUUGUCAAGCACAAACGGCAGGCGUUCAAAUGCUCUACAUCUUCAACAUUGGA